AUUAAUUACUUAUAAGAGGGUUUGUUAGCCAAAACGUUUGCAUCAAUCGCAGGUGUAAGAGGUUUGUCCAAUCCCUCCAACUCUCUAACGGAAAACACUUUCCCAUCUUCCCCCACCAUAUAUUCUCUUCUUCUGUCUCUUUCCACUCCCUUGUCUUUAUUCUUAGUUUCUUAUCUCUCUCCCUCUUCUUGCUUUCAUAUUCUUUGCUCAUCAUAGCUUACGGAGAGGAAUUGAUAUAUAUAGAUCAAACAAGAGGAGAGGACCAAAAGGGUAGGGGGAAAAAUUUACCCUAUUCUUGAAUUAGGGUUUCUUCUUCUUCUUUGUGUUUUGUAGUUGGUUUUAGUUUCUAGGGAGAGAUAAUAUGUGUAGUAGAGGCCAUUGGAGGCCAGCUGAAGAUGAGAAGCUUAGGGAAUUGGUGGAACGCUAUGGACCUCAUAAUUGGAACGCCAUAGCUGAGAAGUUUCGAGGAAGAUCAGGGAAAAGUUGUAGGUUGAGAUGGUUCAAUCAAUUGGACCCAAGAAUAAACAGAAGUCCAUUCACAGAGGAAGAAGAAGAGCGUCUUCUAGCUUCCCACAGGAUUCAUGGUAACAGAUGGGCUGUGAUCGCAAGACACUUCCCAGGAAGAACUGAUAACGCUGUCAAAAACCAUUGGCAUGUGAUGAUGGCAAGGAUUCGCAGAGAGAGGUCUAAAAUUUAUAAUGCAAAACAACCCCUUUUUCCUCCAAAUAUUGAGACUAUCCCUUCUUUUGUUGACAAGUAUUAUGAAAAGUAUAGUAGCCACCACCACCCACAUAACCAUUUGCAAUUUCCCAACAAGUUUUACUUUCAUCAUCCAACUUCUGCUUCCACACUGCCUCCAGCAGAGAGGAGUCAAUCAGUAGAGUUCUAUGAUUUUCUUCAAGUAAAUACCGAUUCCAAUAAAAGUGAAGUGACAGACAAUGCCAAAAUUAAUAUAAGAGAUGAUGAGGAAGUGAGUCAAGAUGCUGUGGGACACAAGAACAAGAACAAUAGUCUUCCAUUUAUUGAUUUUUUGUCUACUCCAGCCUGCUAACUUUAAUUUUACCAAUUUCGCAUGAUAUCAUUCCAGCCUGACUAGAGAACAAAAUCUCAACGUAGAUCCAAUAUUCAUGUAACUAUAUACCUACUGCAUAUUCACAAAACAGCAGUGACGUAUUUAAGGAUACAUGUACAUUUAUAACAUGUAAAAAUAAAUAAAAAUAAGAAGCUCUAUAUGCAUCAAAAAUUAAUCCAAAUAUAUUGCAUCAUGUAAACAGUAAACCGAUGGAAAUUAGAAAUGCUAUAGA